AUGCCACCAAGAAAGAAAAAAGUCGAUCCAGAAGUUUAAAGAUAAUAAUUUGAAUAGUGGAAAGCUUCGCCAGAAUACGAGCAAAUCAAAAAAAUUGCAACGUUGCUUGAAACUUAUGAUUAUAUAACAGAAACCACAAAGGAUUUUACAGGUCCUUGGUAUUUAUAUCUAAAUGAACUUGUUGGGUUCUUUAAAUUAUACAAGGUUAAAUUGGGAAAAUUGAAAGAAUUCAAGCAUGAACAUAUUAGAAGUUUCUUCUUUGGUCGUGAAGAUAAGGAAACAGAAAAGAUUAUUAUAGAUGGUAUUCGUUGUGGUGUCACGAAAGAGCAUGCUGAUAGAAGUUAUUUCUGCAGACACAAAUUCAUAGAAACAAUGAAAUAUAUUAAGGAUAUAGAUGACCUUGACCCUGAAACAUUUUAAAAAGCAAAAAAAGAAGUUAUCAAGAUUAUGAAAGAAUUCGUUAAAUUCUUUACUCCCCAUAUCAAAUAUGGUCAUCCUGAAAUCUACGACUUAAAAAUUGCAAAGGUGCUAGAACCAUUGACUAACUUAAUUGAUAUUAACAACUAAUAUAGAUAAUUCAUGAUUACUUAUAAGCCAGAAGUGGAAAAGGAAGUUAGAGAUUUUAUGUCUAGGGUUAUUGUUAAAAAAUACAUCAAUCACCUUUAAGAAGUAUUUAGAGUUCUUUAUGAGGAAAGCAUCAAGCCAAAUAUUAGCUGCCUUCCUGACUGCAAGAGACUAUUUUAUAAAAUUCAUAUUUAUGGAUGGGAAAAGAACCCUGUUGAAAGCAAAUAUUUAAAGCCUCUAAAUGACUGCUUCUUAAAAAUGCAAAAGUGUUUGAUUGAGAUGAAAAUCUAUGGUAUAAAUUACUGGAGAAUUCCUCUUCACUCAAAUGAAAAGCUUAUGAAGUGCAUAGAAUUGUUAAUAAAUGCAGAUCUUAUUGCAGAAAAGAUUAUUGGUAAUCCUCUCAAGAGAGACUAACUUAAUUUCUUCUACAAUAUCAUCGGACUUAUUUACAAAAGUGAUGAAAAAAUCAGAGAAAAUCUGCUCAAAAAAGAUGAAAAUAUUACCAAACUCGCAAUCCCUCAGCUAAUCAUCUUUAAAUAGAUCUAGCAUAUCUUGAGUUGGAAAUUUGCCAAAAAAGAAAGAGAAGAAAAGAUACGUAUUCAAUCUGAAAAACUCUCCAUAUUAAAUAAAAUUAAAGAAGAAGAACGUGCAAACUCCCCUCUCAAAAAGCGUAUGGAAGAGAAAAAAGUCAUGGAAGAAACAACUGUUUCCCUCAAAAGUAAAAUGAAUAUCACUUCUCCCUAAAAGACAACUUCUCCAGUAAAGAAAGAUGAUAAAUAAGAAGAAGAACCUUUACCUGCUGAAUAUAAACUUCUUGAAGGAGACGAAGCAAUUUACGGAAGGUAUUGGUAUUUAGAAAAUUUAAUUGGUGAAGAUGUUCGUGAAGAAAUUGAAGAAUGUGUUGAAAUGCUCAGACAUAUUAAUGAAGCUGUUCAACAAGAUAUUGAAGAUUCUUAUAUCAAGUAAAAUUUUAAUUUAUAUGAAUCAGUUAAUUCAUUCAAAAUAUAAAAGAUCCUAACAAUACUAGAAGUUUUUUUUUUGAUUUAUUAAUUUAUUUAUUUGAUUGGUAGAAUCGGUUUGACCUAGAAGCAAAAGAGAGGUGAUAAGAAAGAUAAGAAUGAGACUCCCUAUUAUUUAGAGUUGAGUGAGAGAGAAAAUUCAAAUAUCAGAAUGAAUAUUGUUCGUCCUCCUGAACUUUGGAACUAUCCUGAAAUAUUAAAAGAGCAUAAGUUUAGAUCUAUUGCCAAUCCAAAUAAAUGUUAUGAUGAUCAUAGAGUUGAUGGCUUGGAUAAAAAGAUUAUUGAACUAGCUCAAAAGCUUAACAAUUAUAGAAGAUUUACUUGGACUGAAAUUAUUUCUAGAAUUAUUGAUGUUUAUUCUGGAGAAGAGAACCUCUUACCAACAAAGAUUGAUCCCAGAGAAGAUCCUACUUGGUUUGAACCUGAUCCAACUCCUCAUGAAAUUGAAGUUCAAAGAAAAAGGGAAGAAUUAAUAAAGCUUCAAUAGAUAAAUGCAGCAUAAGCCUUACAACAACAAGGAGGAGGCACCGAUCAACCAGAAGGAGAAGCUUAAUGA